AUGGCGACAGCGGACGAUGGCGAACUCGUCUUCUACCCGGCCUUCUGCUUCAGAGCUUCGCCAACUCACUUCACCUGGGUGAAGAUGGCCGCGGUAGAUGUGCAUCGGCUGAAGCAACGGCCGGGAUUCGAAGGCCAGAACAUCUUCUUCUACCACAACCACCCCAUCCGCUUCGUCUCGCUGCUCGGCCUCCUCGUCGCCCGCACAGACGUCUACAAACGCACCAUCCUCACCCUUGACGACAGCAGCGGCGCAACCAUCGAAAUCGCCGUCCUGAAAGCCGACCCCCCGGCCCCGGCCAUCACCACCGCCCACCUCGCCGCGACCAACAAGACGGAGCUGGACAUCUCGACGCUACAACCCGGCACCCUGGUGCAGGUGAAGGGGACGCUAAGUAUGUUCCGGGGUGCGAUGCAGGUGCAGCUGGAGCGCUUCGCGGUGAUCCGCGACACGAACGCCGAAAUGCGGUUCCUGGAUCUGCGGUGCCGGUAUCUGGUUGAGGUGCUGGCUGUGCCGUGGCGGCUGGAGGGGGAGGAGGUUGCGCGGUUGCGGGUUGAGGCGGAUGCGGAGGAGGAGCGGCUGGAGGAGGAGCAGGAGCAGGCGCGGAGGAGGCAGCGGAGACGAGCGGAGAGGGACGAGAGAGACGAGAGGCGGAUUCGGAAAAUGUGGGAGCGGGAGGAGAGGGAGAGGGAAAAGGCGGCGGUUGCUGGUCGCGAAGCUGGGCUGGAGGUUAUGCGUGAGGUCCAACGGAAUCGUUCUGUGGAUGUUAGUUAG